UUGUCUUUUCAUUCUUUCUUCCAGCAGAAGGAGCUACUUGUGUGAGCUGAAUUGCAAGGCAAAGGAGGACCAGGAAAGCAGGAGGGAGUGAGAGGCACGCUGCCUGUGUUUGUAUACAGAGCACUCUCUGGGCUGACUGUGCUGUGCUUUGCUGCUGUCUCUCCCUGGAUUCUGAGAGGCUGUGCAGCUGCAACCUGUGCUGCUGUCUCCUUGGAUGCUGCGAGCUGGGCUGCUGUCUCGUUGUAUUUCUAGCACCUCCAGGAAAGCUUCCACUGGGCUCACUCCCUGCACUCCAGCAGCCCUGUGCCGUCUCUUCUGGCCACUCCAGACUAUCCCUUACUCUCUCAUCCUACAGCUUGAAUUUGGAGGGCAAGGGGAGGAAUAUAAACCACAUCACCAUCUCCAUCCAAGGAUAAGACUUUUAAGGGUUUGACAAAGGGAAUCUCUUUUCGGUCCUAUUUUUUUUUUUCCUUUUUAUUUUUAUUUAUAUAUUAUUAUUUUUUUGCUGAACCAUAAACAAACAAACAAAAAAAUCACCUGCAGAUAAAACAUGUUUCAGAAGGAGGUUGUCCACCUCCUGCUGUGUGUCUUCUUCUGGGUCCCGCUCAUAGUUACAGGUGAUGUGUGUGACCACAACCCAUGUCAAAAUGGGGGGAUCUGUUUAGUAGGUUUAUCUGAUGAAACCUAUUCAUGUGAGUGUCCUGCUGGCUUCAGUGAUUUCAACUGUUCUAGUGUUGUGGAGGUUGUACAAAUCGAAGACUCCACAACAGCAGGGCCCUGUCAUCCAAACCCAUGUCAUAACGGAGGAGAAUGUGCAAUCAGUGAAUCGUAUCGAGGGGACACGUUCAUUGGAUAUGCCUGCAAAUGCCCGCAUGGCUUUAACGGAAUUCACUGCCAGCACAAUGUAAAUGAAUGUGAAACUGAACCGUGCAAGAAUGGAGGCAUAUGUACAGAUCUGGUUGCAAAUUAUACAUGUGAAUGCCCUGGAGAAUAUUUGGGAAGGAACUGCCAAUACAGAUGUUCUGGGCCUCUUGGAAUGGAAGGAGGAAUCAUUUCAAAUCAACAAAUAACAGCAUCAUCAACUCAUCGCGCUCUCUUUGGGUUACAGAAAUGGUAUCCUUAUUAUGCACGUUUGAAUAAAAAAGGUCUUGUAAAUGCCUGGACGUCUGCUGAAAAUGACAGAUGGCCAUGGAUUCAGAUCAAUUUACAAAAGAAAAUGAGAGUCACCGGCGUUAUCACCCAAGGAGCAAAGAGGAUUGGGAGUCCAGAGUACAUCAAAUCGUACAAAAUAGCAUACAGUGAUGAUGGCAAAUCUUGGUCAACAUACAAAAUAAAAAGAACCAGUGAAGACAUGGUAUUUCGAGGAAAUGUAGAUAAUAACACGCCAUAUGCCAAUUCCUUCACCCCUCCGAUUGAAGCCCAGUAUAUACGGUUAUACCCACAGGUGUGCAGACGGCAUUGUACACUGAGAAUGGAGUUACUUGGGUGUGAAUUAUCAGGUUGCUCAGAACCUCUUGGAAUGAAAUCAGGACACAUACAAGAUUACCAAGUAACAGCCUCAAGCAUUUUCAGAACACUAAACAUGGAUAUGUUCACCUGGGAGCCAAGAAAGGCACGGCUAGAUAAACAAGGCAAAGUAAACGCUUGGACAUCUGGAAGAAGUGACCAGUCACAGUGGUUACAGGUGGAUCUUAUUCGCCCGACAAAAGUAACGGGAAUAAUCACGCAAGGAGCUAAAGAUUUUGGCCACGUGCAGUUUGUGGGUUCUUACAAACUAGCUUAUAGCAAUAAUGGUGAACACUGGGUCAUAUAUCAGGAUGAGAAACAAAGAAAAGAUAAGGUAUUUCAGGGAAAUUUUGACAAUGACACACACAGAAAGAAUGUAAUCGAUCCUCCAAUUUAUGCAAGGUUUAUCCGGAUCCUCCCAUGGUCGUGGUAUGGGCGAAUCACUUUACGAGCUGAGCUUCUAGGUUGCACAGAAGAGGACUGACAACUUUCAUCACCCGGCAACUGAAAAUACAAAAUGAAAUAACAUAUCAUGAUUUCAGAUUUAAAGAAAUAAAAUAAACUGUGCAAAUCCUGAGAGAAAAUGAAUGGAUUUUCAUUGAACAAGUGCUCACUUUUUGGUAGGCUGGUAACUGUUUUUUUUGUUGUGUUUUUUUGCAGGGUGGUCUGUACCUGCCUUUAAAAUGAUCCCACCAGUUUAUGCCCUUCAAAAAGUACCCUUUAUAAUUACAUUUUUAAUUUUCUUCUAAGUUGUUCACACUGGUUGAAACAUGUUUGGGAAUAGAGGCAGCAUCAUUUUGUUUAGUUUUUGCUUUUAAUUUUCUAACAAACAAGAAAAAUGCAAUUUGUCUUGAUUUCCGUCAAAGAUAAAGAAUUUGUAUCCCAAAAAAUUGUUUGCAAACUGACCCUAAUGCUGCAGCUUUAGCAAUAAGUUUUCUCUGGGAUAGCUGCAUUAUCUAAAUUGCUUCCCUUGUGCCUAUCGAAAUAUUAUUAAUAUUUACACCUCCGAUUUAAAAAAAAAAAUCUAUAUGAUUUACAUCUAUGGAGUUGCAAAUUUUUCAUAAACCCUUUUCCUCUGAAUUUAUUUUCCAAUAUGCAUGUUCUAGAAGCAUGUUGUUCACUUUGUUAAACAUGCUGAGUGCCGAAGGACUGAGCAAUGCAUUAUACAUUCGCAAAGGGUUGCUUGCUGUUCUGGGAAGCAAUUCUUUAACUGCAGUUUAAGCUUUGUUUACUAGAAUGCUAAUUGUGUGCAUUGAGCAGAAUUUGUUCUCUGCAUGUCAUGUAUGUAAACAAUACAUCAACUUCAUUCUUCUUAUUGACUCAGAGCAUUGACCUUUGUUGUUUUAAAUCACCAUUAUUUAUUGUGAAUUUGCCCAUGAGCAAGGUACUCAUUUUAUUUUUGCUCUCAAAGGCAAUAUAUUCAGAUACGCUUCUUGUUCUUCAAUUUUGUUUAUUAUUUUGAUGUCUAUUUCUUUAAUCAACAUUGGUUUGCAUUCAUGGCAUGCAUAGAUGCAACAAAAAUAUAAUUUUUUUGUAUAAUUGUUUUGUGCGUCCAUGUUUGUGUAUCAUUUAAAAUUUGAUCACAUUAAAAUAUUAUUUUGGAUUUUUUUUAUUUAUUAUUUUGCUAAAUUAAAUAAUAAAUGGAAAUGCAAGUUUAAUGUAUGGAAACGUACAAUGUCUUUCCCUAUUGUAGACCUAAAGAUGCAUUAACAGAAUAAAAACAAACAAACAAAAAUUUUUUUCGCAAACACCAGUUCAUGUAGAGUGUAAUAUUGUAGUGGUACUAUAUAUGUAAGACACCUUCAGCCUAAUGUAAAGGAAUACAGUUUUCUACUGUUCCAAAGUCAGUAUGGGAUAUGUGCUUAGGAGUGGUAAAUCGAUAAUAUUCUACUAAAAACAACCCUAGCCUAUGCCCUCACAUGUUUAAAGUGGUCUAUUAAAAUUGAUUAAUAUAUCCUAGAACCUCUCCAUACGUCUAUAUAUUUAUUUAUAUGCCUCACAUUUUAGGACAUUACCCCUGAUUCUCUUCGUACAGAUCAAUGAGGAGAUGAAGAGAAUCAAGCAACUUGCUUAGACAUAUAUAGGUCUUCUUAUGAUAAAUAAUUGAGGCAAAAAAGUAAAAAAUGUUGAGGUCAUGUGGAACAUGGAUUACAAAUUUGUUUUAAUUGUGCUGCAUAUCAAAUACCAUGUGAUGGUUAAUGUCCUUUUUGUCUGUAUAAUGUUCCUCAAAUAUAUGUGUUGUGUAUGAUGUUGUACUCAACCUUAGUGAACAAUAUUAAAGAGAAAGUCAAACACAAUUACGUAUUUAAAUAAAAAAAGUAAAAUUGGUAAAUCAUUACAGCUAUUUGAAAACACUGCCCACCUCCAGCACUUUAUUGUCUCUUACAUAUUAUUUUAUUUUAUUAUAUUUUGAUUGUUUAGAUUGUUCCCCUCCUUAAUUUGGGUCUGUAGUUAUUGUUUAAAAAAUACAAUGUGAAAUGUCCUACAUAUCAUACAUUUCUGCCUUCUUCACCUUACCUGUAGACUAAACAUGACACUUUUCUAGAAUUGCUUAAAUUUCAUUGUCCUAAAUAGCUACUUAAAAUAUAGCAAAUUCACACUCUGUUAACGUGUUAAUGGCCUGUCAGCUAAAGUUAAAAUAUUUUUUUCUAUUAUUUAUUAUUCUAGGCAAAACUUUGUUUUAACAGUUCUUUAUAAUUUCUUAAAUAUGUUGUAGGCUAUAAAAUAAUAAUCCGUUUUGCUGUUUUAGAUUCUCCAGGCUUCUCUGAAAUUAUUUUUUUUUAUUGAUAAAUAUGUCAGUAAUGCUAAAAUGAAAUUGCUACAAUAACAGCUUCUGUCUCAAUUCGUAACUGUCAUUAUCUUAGCAUAUGUUCCUUAAUUUUUUUCCACUCGUGUAUAUAUAUUACAAAAACGUUUGUUACACAUGAAUUAAUUUAAGACAGAUUAUAGUGAAAUCAGUGUUAAUAUUUCUAUUUUUACAUUGAGACUAUGCAAGUCACAAUGUGUUGAAGGCUUUGCAAUUCAGUGUUCAAUAAACGGCCACAAACACAUAAAAAACUGCCCUUUAAAAUUAGUUCAAUUUCAGAAGUUUCUGAUCGUUAAAAACAAAUUCAACAAAUAUAAUAAGCAAACAGCGUAUGAAUACAGUUGGUCAAGAUUAAAUAAUUUUCCCCGACCACUCUUCUUAGUAUUAUUCUUUUCGGUAUAAAUAUUUUCAGAAACUGUAGUCAUUUUUAACAUGAUUUUUUAAUGCACUUAAUCUUCUUAAUUGCUAGUUAUAAAGCUGCUUUAACGUUGUGGAAGUUAUUUCCUGAAGUGAACAUUUUUAUGGGAAAUUUAUAUGUUAAAAAAAAAACCUGAAAGGGCUUCCACCAAACUUUUUAUGGGUAUGAAGGUAAUGUUUCAAAAUAAAAUAUGAAACAAAUAUCUAUUUUAAUUUCAAGGCUCCGUGGUAGCAAUUACAAUGCACAUAAAAAAAACAACAACAAACAAACAAUAAAAAUCAGUUUAGAAUAAAAUAAAAAAAUAAAAAAAUGACAAAACAUAUGCCAGGACUUUAUAAAAGUUUAGUUUUAUGAACAAAUAAGAAAUUAGACAAUUUAUAUCAUUUUUGUGGCAUGUACACCCAUUACAUCUAUAACUGUGGAUAAACAGUAUUUGUGCUAGGUAGAUGGGGAACAUAUGGAAUAUACAGUGCAAGCAGUUGGCUACUAGAUAGUAUUAACAAUGCAUGUUCUAAUGGGUGAAAAAGGUGAAAUGAUAGUUUGCAUACAGAACAGUUCACUUUGGGAUAGAGCAAAUCACAUGUUAAAAAUUUAACUUUCAUGAUUAAAACUUAUAAUAAGCACUAAAUUGAAAGUAUUUUCAAAUUGAUGUUUUCUUUGAAAUAUAUUCAUACCUAGUCAAAUGCAGACAAUAUCCUUCAUAUUUAUUUUCUGCAAUAUAAUAUUUUUAUGCAAAUUAUGCUUUAGGAAAUGAGAUCUACUAUGGCAGCAUUUUAUUUUUCCUCCAUGUUUAUACAUGGAGUUAUCAAAGAACAAUUUUUAUAAGAAAUAUCAAUAUACGCCACUUGCACUAACACUAACUGAUAGAUUGUUCUCUACUUACUUUUCAUUUCUGUUAUUGUUUUAUUUUGCUGUUGAAUCCCAAGAUACUGUAACAUCUAUUCAAUGAAGGGCUUGUCACAAAAACUGGUUGACUUUCUCUUUUGAUAUGACUAUCUGGGCUUUGAAGACAAAGGGUACUGUAAAACACACUAAAUACUAUGUGAGUGAGGAUUCAGCGUCUGAUAUGUUAGUGGGUUCGAAAUAUCAAACACAGUGACUUUUGCAACCUUUCGAGCUGUGUUAUAUUCAAGUGUUUUGUAAAUAUUAAAAUCAUGUAGGUUGAUGUAAAAUCAGUAUGACCUUGUCUAGUCUUUAAGCUUACAAUAAAAUUUUGAAAAAC